AUGGAGUUGGAGAGCCCUCCGACUGAUACGUCGGACUUGACCUCGCUUGCAGUCAUGAGCUGGAAGCGCUUCGCAAUGGGCCUGUACGAUGGAUGCAUCAAACAGCUAUGCAUUCUUUCGGACCGCGAAAGAAUGACAAGCGAAGCAGAGGAGUUGAGACAACUCCUCGCUGGAAGCGCCACUGAGAGAGAAGAUACUCUUAGUGCCAAGACGACGAAGGAACGCUUCGAGGAGCAGAAGCACAGAGAUGUGCUCCCGGACGAGAUCCCUGCGGAGCUUCCGCAGGGCAGCACGAGAUUGAUCUCGUGCCGGGAUGAAGUAUUGCGUGACGCUGCAGAGCAAGUGAAGGCGAUCGACGACUUCUUCGAAAGUCGUCGCAAGGCCGGACAAGUGCGGGAAUCAAAGUCCCCGCACAGCGCACCAACGUUAUGUGUCAAGAAGCUACAGAGUGGUUGGCGCGUCGUUCACGCGUACAAUAAGCAGAACGAUGCGACGAUACCGGCACAGACGCCGAUACCUCGAAAAGAUGUUAUCAUCGAUUCGAUGUCCAAGAGCACCAUCUACAGUGCGCUUGAUCUGAGAGACGGGUUCUAUCAGAUCCUGAUGCGUUAG